UUGGACAAAUCGGCUGGCAGUGUUGACACGGCGCUUAUAAACCCAAACUAGCACCUCGCAACGUAACUGACUCCCGAAUAAGUCGACACGUUUUCUACAUCCCAUCGUUUCUCCUGCCGCACAAACAUGGUGGCGAUGAUGAAGCGAGUGAAGCUGUUCCAGAUUGUUUUAACGGACUCAAAGACUUUUUACUGCGGCGGGGACAGACUGUCGGGGCGCGUGGAAGUAGAGGUGAACGAACUGACGCGCGUGUCCGCGCUCAGGCUUUUGGGUUUGGGAUGCGCCAAAGUGGAGUAUGCCAAAGGCAAGCAGCGCUGUCGUCAGGAGGCCGAGUAUCUCCGACACGAAGCCGUUCUGCGCCUGGAGGACCAGCCGAUAGACUUUGACGGCUCAGUUUUGUUGAGGCCAGGCAACAAAUACGAAUACAACUUUGGAUUCGACCUCCCUCAACAAGGGAAGUUGGUGUCAUCUUACAAAGGCAAGUUUGGGUAUGUCCACUACUAUGUCAAGGCCAAGCUGGAGAGACCACAGCAGCCCAUCCUUGAGUGCAAGAAACACUUUGAGGUGGAGGAACCUCUCGAUGUCAACACGCCAGACCUUCUGUGUCCUACCGGUGGUAUGAAAGAGAAGAAAGUCACCUGCAUGUUCAUUCCAGACGGCCAGGUGUCACUCAACGCCAAAAUAGACCGCCGUGGGUUUUGCGAGGGCGAGGAUAUCUGCAUCAACGCCAAGUUCGAGAACACGUGUUCGCGUAUCGUGGUUCCCAAGGCUGCCAUCAUCGCCAAGCACACCUACCAGGCUAACGGCCGCACCAAGGUCUUCCGCCAGAAGCUGUCGUCGGUGCGAGGGAACCACAUCAUCUCCGGAAUGUGUGACGCCUGGCAGGGCAAAACCAUCCGCGUUCCGAAGAUCAAACCAUCGAAACUGGACUGCGACCUAAUCCGCAUGGAGUAUGCUUUAAUGAUUUAUAUCCACAUCCCCGGGAGUGAAAAGCUGAUCUUGGAGCUGCCUUUGGUUAUCGGGACAGCCGGUCUGGGCAGCCGAAGCAGCAGCGUGAGCAGCCAGGACGGUUCGGUGAGCUGGGUAUCGCUCGGCAUGCCCGAGCUCCCCAGCUACAGCGACGUCACCAGCGACAUCCGAAUGGACCAGCCGCUCACGCCGCUCCUGGAUGCCUUUGACGGAGACGACAGCCCCAUCUUUAUGAACCCGCCGUCGUUCUGUUUCCCACCGCCUCCGGUGUACACCGAGACGGAGGAGGAGUUCAACAUCAAUGCUCACAUGUUGCCAGUGUGUUGAAGUGCAUCAGCGUCUUGUACAACUGUGCUCCAGUUCUCAGAGACCAUUAGAGUAAAGGCUAGUGGAAAAGAGAAAGGACCUCCGAAGCAUUGGGAGAUGCAGUGGGCAAGAAACGAGUUCUCCCACUUUGUGAGCUGUUCUAUCCUCACCUGGUCGUCCGAGGCUUCCUAUGUGGGGCCGAGAGCUGGCGAGUGUGCCACACUCCGACUCUUUUGAAUAAGCUAUCCCAAUUCUAUUUGUUGGCGUUCACUGUAUUGUUUGAUUACAGUGGCAGCCCCAACUGCUUUUUGUCCCGAUUCUGGUGAGGGUUUACUUCCUCACCCUGCGUUGCCAUUCCAGGGUUGUCAAUAGACGAACCCUCCUUCUACCUGUUACACUUAGCAUUUGUUUGGGGCUUGGGAAGGAUUACUCUUGACGUUAGAGUAUCAUCCUGCCUGGAUGCUGAUCGAACCUCGUUGUUGUAUAUUUGUUUUCAUGAACAUAUUUGUUUGAAGAGGUUUGCGGUUGAAGCUUGUUGCACUUUUUUGGAUGCAUUUUGCUGUACUACUGCCUGUAGCGCUUUUUAUUUGAAUCUGAUGUGGAAUUUUUGGUAGGUUAAGAUGUGUGGUGGAUGGAACCUUACAUGAGCUUUGCAAAAAACCACAUGCACUUUUCUAUACCCUGUCAGUUCCAAACAGGAUUUUUAAAGGUCACAUACUAUUGAUCUUCUUGCCAUAAUUAUUUUCAACUGAACAUUUUAUUAAAUGUUGGGAUAAUGGAGAAAAAAAAUGAUCUAUACCUGAUUUUCUGUUGUCCUGGACAACAUUUCACUUUUCACUUCGAGAUCGUUGCUGUUUUUGUAUCACAGUUUCCUGUAAUCAGGACACAAACCCAAGACUGAUUAGUAAAAACCAAAAGUGUGUUUGCAUUAUUCAUCUUUGAUACUUGUAUUUUUUUAAUGUUUUUGUAAUAAACAGUUUUUGGAAAAAAAUC